UGCUCGUCGUCAUUGGUACGUUCUUCUAGAUUUAUCUUGAAUCUAAAGGUCUACUCCAGUCACGAGCGACAAUUAUCGAACGCUCGCUCAAUCAUUGUAAAGUAGUCACAGUACUCACAGUAGUAGACAGACUGACAGAGCGGAGUAGAUCCACUGAUAUUCUGAACGACGGAAGACGGAAGACCUGAGUGCACCUGAGUGCAGUCACCUGAGUGCGGCGAGAGUGCGAGAGAUUGCGAGGGAUGAAGACUGGAUGCUGAUCAGUGCUGAUCGAGAGAGGAGAAGCCAGGAGAAGCGGAGCACGAGGAGGACAUAACUCCGAUUAUAUUAUAUUUUUAACGUUCGUCGCUACGUUUUCCAAAUGAGUACCGUCGAGUACGGGUUUCCGAUGAUAGGCGGAUUGAUGCCGCAAAUACAAGCUCUGAUAGCACCACCUAUAUCGGAUGACUCAAAGGCGGCGAAGGCGAGGAAGGAGAAGGAGGAGAAGAAGCAUCCCUACUUCAAGAGACGGGGUCGUGGUCACAAUCGCGACUUCUGCGAUGCUUGUAAAGAUGGUGGAGAGCUCAUAUGCUGCGACAAAUGUCCAGCUUCCUAUCACUUGCAGUGCCACUAUCCCGCAGUAGACCCGACGGAUAUUCCUAAUGGAGAAUGGCUGUGCUACGCCUGCCGCUGCGCCUCCAAAAGGGAGGUGCUCUUUGACGAAAACGAGAAUAAAAACAGAUCCGCUUUGGAAGUAUUGACACUGGCGGCUGCCCUAGUAAAUCCAAGAGAGUUUGAGUUGCCCAAGGAGUUACAAUUACCUAUAAUGUUUCCUGGAAGCAACAAGGCAGAUUACGUGUCUGGCAGGAGAGGUAAACUGCUGAGCUCAUCUUACAACAAUGUUGGAAAAAGUCAUUGUUUGGAUAGCAAUCUAAUGGUUCCAUUGCCAGCUCGUUUAUGCUUCGAAUGUGGACGUAGUUGCAGAAAGGCGCCAUUAAUCGCGUGCGACUAUUGCCCGUUGUAUUUUCAUCAGGAUUGCCUGGACCCACCGCUGACUGCCUUUCCUAUCGGUAGAUGGAUGUGUCCUAAUCAUCCGAAUCACUUCAUAGAUCAGAAUCUGUUGACUUCUUGUAGAGUGACAGAACGCAUAAAGCUCUGGGACAAGUAUGCCAAUCAGCGGAUAGAUCAGCAUGCAGUAAAAUUGGACUUUUUGCGUAAGGCGCGUGCCGCCAAUCCUCUGUUUCGGACGAAAGUGAGACUGGAGGGUCGUCCAAGAAUAAAAGUUCCUUGCAGCAUCAAAUUCCAUUAUGAGAAUCCGCCGCACUUAGAGCCAAUACAUUCUUAUCAAGAUAGUCUUAUAUGUCCGAUAAGAAACACUAAAAAUGAGGAAGAAUACCAACAGACAAACGAGAAAGUAGUCGAGAAAAUAGCUGAAAAAUCAGUCGAGAAAGCAAAUGGCAAAGACAAUUGUAUAGAAAAUAAGAAAACUGAAGAAACUGAUGAAGUAAGAACGAAAGGAGAGAAAUGUGAUAUUACCACAACUGAGAAAAAUUAUCAAUUGAAAGUAUUUGAUACGAGUGAACACGUGAGUAAAAAAAUAGAAAGUGAAACCGCGGCAGAUAAUUCUGAGGAAUGCAAUAAUAUUGAAUUUCACACAAGCAGCUAUGGUAAUGUCAAAGAAGGUGUCCAAUUGUUAGAAAGACCGGUGUUGGAAGCAUUAGCGCAGCAGAGACUAGAACAGAUAUUAAAUCCAGAUGGGGAAAAUUAUAAAACAAUAAAUUGUCAUAGAAGAGCAAGAGCCGCGUUAUUUUCUUUAAGCCCUAAGCCUAAUCCACCAGCGUUCAUGACUCGUAGGAUCUUCGUUAUCGGCAAUGGCCCGAACUGUGACUUAGUCUUGUCCAAUUACGGUAGCUGUGAAUUCACAUCCUCCAAACACGCAGUUAUAUUUUUCGACGAGGUGACCAAGCACUACGAAUUACUUAAUUACAGCGAAUACGGAACAGUAGUAGAUCACGUGCUGUACUCUUGCGAUUGCACUCGUGUUUUAGAAGAACAAAUAAAAGAGGAAAAGACUGAUAAAACGAUACACAUCACUAAGGAGGAAGAAACUUCUGAUAUGAUAAAAAUGAUUCUGCGUAAGGAUGAGGCAGCUUGUUUGGAAGAAUAUGUGCACAUGGAUGACAAAGUCUUAUGCAAAUGUAAUAUAAAACGCGAUACGAGAAUUAAUGAGCAACCAGAGGAAGGAUGGGAAGGAAGUGCGAUUAUAGCGCACGGCUCGACCAUUAGCUUCGGUUGUCUCAUGUUUGUAUUUAACACAUUAGAUAUGUACGUGGACAGAUGAAACUCAGUAAUAUGAAAUAUUGUACAAAGUGAAAAUUUUAUAAAACAACACAUAAAGAGCAUUCCUUGUGCUUGCAAUACUA